UGGGCCCUGAGGUACCCCGGCCUGGUGGCCCCAGGCCGUUCCCGUCGGAUGGCGGAGUGCUGUGAACGACGCCCAUGAAGCCGGUGGCCCUAGUUGUGCUGUGGCUGUGGCCUUCGUCCCUGCUGGCGUAUCCGACCAUAACUGUGUUGCCUGAUGAAGAGCAGAAUUUGAAUCACUAUGUACAAGUUUUACAGAACCUGAUAAUGAGUGUUCCCACCAGGGAGCAGGGCUCUGGGGAAACGUCCUCAAGUUUUACGGAUGUUCCAGAGGUGAAGUUUUCUCGGUAUGAGCUGAUACACACCCCUGAGGAAGUUACCCCUGAGAACGACAUUCUGAUCAGGCCCUUCAACGAGGAAAAGACAACUUUCCCUACAAGCGCCUUCACGCUGGGGAUGCAGAGGAGAAAAAAAACCGAAACUACAGCGUUCUGGUCCAUCCGGCCAAAUAACGUUUCUGUUGUUUUACACGAGGAGGAACCUUAUAUUGAAAAAGAAGAGCCGGAGCCGGAGCCGGAAUUCGAGGAGCCCCAUUCCAGGCCAUUGUGGCCUCCUGAGCAUGAGUCAGAGGAGGAGCACGAUCUGGACCACGAGCAUGAGCCGGACCACGAGCAUGAGCCGGACCACGAGCAUGAAACGGACCACGAGCAUGAGCCGGACCACGAGCAUGAGCCGGACCACGAGCAUGAGCUGGACCACGAGCAUAAGCCAGAGGACACACGUCAUCAUCAUAGUGUGAUCAUCCGCCCAUGGGUGCCAACCACACAGAUCACCAUAAGAACGAGUACCACCAGCAGUAUGGAUGUCUCCACGGACUCUGAGGAUGUGCCCCAGCUCUCAGGCCAGCCAGAAACGGAAAACUUGGAAGACCUCUCUGAACACCACUCCGAGAGUGCAAUACACGAGGACAUUUUGAGAAAAAUUUCCAAUAUUAAUGUAGAGAUUCAGCAGGGGCCUCUCGGUGAUGCCAACAACCCCGAGUACAAGGAGUACAUCAAGGCCUCCAGGGAGCACCUGAAACGGAGCCUGGCCCUGGCUGCAGCCGCCGAGCACAGGUUAGAAGAGAUGUACAGAUCUCACGUUUUCCCAGAGGAGCGGACCAGCGAUUCAGUCGAUGACAUGGAAACAGUUAUCAACAUGCUGUAUAAUUCCAGGUUCAGGUUGCCGGAGUAUUUGAAUAUUAAGCAUGUACCAUCAGAGCUGAGAAAAAAGGUCACCGCCGUGACUAGUGUGUUGAAAAAACUAUUUUGUGCAGAUCAGGUAGAGACGCAACGCCUCAUUAGGAAGCUGUUAAGCAAUAAUAUGAAAAUCCUAAAUAUCCUUAAUGUCCCAUGAUCAAACUCAUUUAAGCAAAGGGCUUGUUCACUGGAAAAUAAGCAUAUUAGUGAUUUUAAAAGUUGCCUAAAAUAUUUUCUAUUAUACUUCCAUGUGCUAACAUCCUUAUGUGUCAUGUCAUAAAAUAUUUUCAUAUGCACUAAAAACCUAACAAUUUUAAAAUAAAAAAUUGCUUCAUGAGUUUGUAGUUUUUUUUCUCAUUAAUUCAACCAAUUGUGAGAGGAUAGUCUCCGAAAUGUUUAAACUUUGGUUCUCCUGACUCCAUGUGCUCACUCACUGUAUGAGUUUAGAGACUGCUUGCGUUGUGUGGUGCAGCCAUUUAACUAACUGCUUGCAGUCUUGAAUCCGCUUCCAGACCAUCUGGGUUUUCUCUAGGAAGAGCACACACUCAAGGCUGAUAUCAGAAGCACUUCUGUUUGGAUGCGUGUUGCUUCUUUGGAAAGUGGGUGAUAUACUGAGACACACUCUGUUUUGUUGUCAAGUACUUGGGUCAUUCUGAGGGACCCUGACCUGGAUCUGUAAUGAGAUUCCCUCCCUUUGCUUGCAUACAAACUCAUUAAAGAUUUACAAAUCUUUUGAUGCCAAGUAUGACUGACACCAGUAUAAUAUUAUAUGACUGACACUGUGUAAUAUUAUAUGACUGACACCAGUAUAUAAUAUUAUAUGACUGACACUGUGUAAUAUUAUAAUGAAAGUGCAGUUUUGUUUCGUGACUUGACCAGUAUUAUAUUCAAGUUCAUUUACUUAGUACUCAUUCACCAAGCCAGUUAUUUAUAGAUCAAUCAACAUUUAUUGACUCUCUGAUAGAACAAAAUGCUAGGCUUUGGGGAUAGAGUGAAGAGCUAUUUCCCCUCUCUCUGAGAUUUUAACAGGGGAGCUAGACAUUGAGCAAAUCCAUCUGUUUUAAAUUUUCAGUUGGGACAAGCUCGUAUGGGAGGCAGCUGUCUAGCCUCAGCUGGAAUGUUGAGAAGAGUAGUCUCAGCAAGUGGCAUCUGAGAUCAGGUCUGAGAGGUGAGAUGUGCUUGGGGGAAGAGACCGUUCCAGGCAGAGGAAGAAGAUGUGUGAAUGUUGAGCUGAAGCUGAGGACAACAGGUUCAGGAAGUGCCUGGAGUAUAGAGAGGCCAGAGAACAUUCCCAGAUGGAGUGGGCAUGUAUGGUCAGAGCCCAGCCUGAGGUCUCCUGGUGUGCGGUGGCUCUUGCAGCUUGAUCCUGGGGUCGGUGCGAGCAAUCUGCAGAUGUUAAGCAAAGGACCCAGUGUGAUCAAGUUUGCGUCAGGCACGUGCGUGUUUAAAAAACACCACGACGCUCUGGCCACACUGUUUUUGAGGCCGACCAGAGUAGACAGGAGCUGUUGCACAAGCCAUGUUUGGCUUGGAUUAGAUGGCAUGAGGUGCAGAUUCAAAGUAGGAGAAACAGAACCAGUGGCUAAAUGCAUGGGCAUGAUUGAGAGUUACUAAAUUGAUCAAACAAGAAUUUACCCCACAGGGCUGUGCCGUAAAGUGAUUCCAUGGGUGUGGUUUCACCAAACCACUGUUCACUCUGAUAAUUUUAAAAAAUAACCUGUUAUGAAAAGCCUUAAGCGCCUGCAAAGAUGAGCAGUAACACGAGAAUAGUAUACAGCCAUCAUCCAGGGUGAACAGUCAUGUUCUAACGGACAGGAGUGUGGAGACCUCCCCGCUCCCCCAACUUCCUGGAUGCUCAACUGGAUCCCCAAGAAUUUUAUCAAUAACGAUAUCAUCCUGUGGCGUUAAUGGUAUUUAGUCAAUGUUUAAAUUUGAAAAGUGAUUAGACAAUGGGAAAUUUGGAGUUUCUUUCUAUGAAUCAAG